GCGUUAUUUAAAGUAAUCGACAGAACUAUUAAUCUUAUUUUAGGAGUUCUAUUUUUUCUAUUUUUCUUACACGUGUAUAUGCUGUGCGUUAUUUAGAAUAAUCGCACGUUUUUUAUGUCUCCGUCGUGUCGUCGUGCUGCGUGAGUUUCAGAGUUUUUAAAUUUUUCUAUGAGUUUAUUGGUCCUUUGAGGCUUUCUAUUUUUCUACCGGCUGUUGUUUUUAUCCUGUAGCUGUCGUUUUUUGUACAUGAUUUCUAUCAAUUUAUUUUAUAACAAUGUGUAAGGGAGGUUGGGACACUGGGUGUGUAGGGAGAGUUAGGCCCAUAAAAGACUCUUUAACCUACCGCCCCGGUUCUCAAGGCUGGGCACCCAGGGUCCUGCCUCUUUCUUUCUGUUUAUAUGUUAUUGUCUGUGUUUUUGUACGCUUGGGUAUGUUAUUGUCUGUGUUUUGUAUGCUUGGGUGGGGGAGGUUCUUUCUUUUCCUCUGAGCUAGUAUGCUAUAAACAUGUUUUUUCAUGUACUCAGAUAUUCGUAUACUCUUCUCAAGCAGGUUCAAGUCGAGGUAGCUAGGUAGUAGUCCUAAGGGCAUUUCUAUAUACAUAGUUUCUUUUGCCUUCCCAUUUCUCAUGCCUCUCCAGCUGCUAUCCUGGCUUCUCCACCUGAGGAAACCUAUGCCAAGGCUUACAAAGACUUACACGUUCCUAUAUUUUGUGCAAAACCCGCAGAGCUACACCGCGCACAUAUAUACCCGCGGUCGCGCGCGGUGUGGCCGGGGUUUGUAGUUUACUGAGCUAUACGGAGCAUGGCGUAUGGCACAUGGAGUUUAUUAUAGCGUAUUAAACGGGGUUUAACAGCAUAGAGCAGGCCAAAGGGUUAAUAUAAAAAAAACGACGCAUGCUCAGAAUAGCUAUAGGCCUCGUGGCUAGCUUCCUUUAGUCACCACCCUGAAUGCAAUUGGGCACUGGAUGCCGACCCUAUCAGUACGACUUAGCUACUUAUCUACGUAUGAGCUCGCAGGAAUUUGUUAUAUACAAACCCCGUGCUAUGAUCAAGGCAACUUCACUUUUGUGAUUUCUGUUGCUUUCCAUCUGAUUUCUACGGAUUUCAGACCAUAAGUGUACGAGAUUUCCACCCGUGUUGGACUCCUCGAUGAAGAUGAGUUUAAAAAAAGCCGUCAGCAGGAUAAUAUGCUUCGGUGUUCUAUGGAUACAUCUUCUAAAGUUGAACCAUGCAGAAGUGGCAGCAGAAGUGACUAUAAAGCCUCAAGAAGGAUGUGUCUGCCCUGAUCACAGCUACUCCUGCAGGGCAGACUCUCUGACUGAAAUUGAAUGGGAUACUAAAAUAUCUAUGACAAGUGAAAUUUCCUAUAACAUUAACCGAGAGAAGAAAUAUGCUGAUGUAGAGAGUGGGGGACUGAGAGUGCUGUUCUCUGAGGUUCCAGUAGAAGGUGGCCUAGCUAACCUGACAGCUCAACUAUUCCUGGUUGAUCAGCACACAUGGAACCAAAGCAAUGCUACUUGCCAGGCUAUAGGGCAGGGGAUCGCUAGACAAGACACCGUGACCGUUUGUGUCACUGGUCCAGCCUCCCCUCCCACUAGUCUGUCAGUUGUGUGGGACUCACCAUCAGCUGUGGUCAGUUUCCAGUCUCCACUGUAUGGUGGAGAAUGUGUGGACUAUUAUGUGGUCACUGCUGCCAGUGAAGAGAGGAAUGUACUGUGUAAUGUGACCAGUGAUGGUACUGAAAGAAACUGCAGUAUUUAUCUCGGGGGUGGCAAUGUUAAUCACUUUAAUUUCACUGUCCAUGGUGUUACUCGUGUCAAUGAUAGUUUUGUCUACAAUGGACACAUUGCCACUGACUACCGUCUGCCAUUUCCAGAGAAUGUAAGAUCUGUUGAAGAGGAAUGUGGGCAUGUCAAUGUCACAUGGAAGAGCAAUCACGUCAUAGAACCAGUAAACACAACCAUCAGUUGGCGUGGGGUCCACAGCAGUGGUGCCAGGCACUAUGAGAGAGGUAGUUCUGAAGACUCUCAUCUACUGACAUUAGACUACUCUGAGACUGGACCAGUGGAAAUUGCUGUGACAUUCUCUAGUGCUGUCUGUAACAAAACCACUACCAUUACACUUAACAGAAAAAGAUGUCUAACUGCAAGUGAAACAAGUCCAACCCCAACCCCUUGUGAUGUAGGUGUGACUGAGGCUGUUAAACCGACUGCAGAUUCAGAUGUCAUGUGCAUAGCAAUCGGAGUAGGAGUUUGUGCGGCACUCUUGGUGGUGGUGACAGUGGCUGUGGCAGUAUGGUGUCUUGUGAAGAAAAAAAGGUCUAAAAGUGAGUCUGUUCCCUCCAGUAGCUGUGGUGAUGAACUGAAAAUUCCUGGUUCUCAGACCUGUAAGGGAUGUGGUGAUCAACAAGAGACCCCAGCCCCAGCAGCACCAGAGACUGAGACUGACAAUACUCAUCCUGAUGUCCUCCCUCUUCUCUAUGAUGACCUAAAUACCCUCACUAAAGAGAAGAAGGAACAGUCAUCAUCAAUGCCUAUGUACCAUGUUUUGGAGGGUCCCACUCCUGUGGAGUCGGCACCAGAGACUCAGGAACAGGAGAGUUCAGUGACAGAUAUUCCACUUUACUCUGUGGUAGACAAGAGUAAAAAGAAAAAGAAGACGACUAACUAGCUAUAUACAUUGUGGCUAAAAUAGUGUGGGAAACAUGGCCCGUUGUCACAUUGGUACCACACUGUCUGCCCGACUGCACAAGUAACUGUUCAUAAACUUGUCUGUUGUCAUGUUAUGAUUAUGUUACGUUAUCUUAUGUUUUUGUCUGGCUGCUGGCUCUAUGCCAGUUGUCCUUCAACACAGUUAUUAUAUAUUUAUCACUCUCACAUUUCUGAUGUACUCUCUUCAUUGUAAUCUGUGUUGUAAAGCAGAAUAAUAAUAAUGUCCUCCGUUCUCUUAGCCACUAUGGGUUGUGUGUUAACACCACUGUAUAUUUCAGUAGAA